AUUGUUUUGCAACAUUAAAUUUUGUCGUUAUCAUCAUCAUCAUCAAUUGAUUGCCAUGGAUGUCGAUUUUAAAAAUGUCUGUAUGGAAAUUUUCGAUUUCACCAACAAUGAUAAUCUAAUGGAGAAGACGAAAAAAUAUGAAAAACUUCAAUCCAUUUAUGAUCUAUUCAUCAUUGAAGAUAUGGAUGAUGAAAAUAAUAUUAUGCUAACAAACUACAAACAAAUUUUUCCCGAUAUACUUGAUGUAAUAACGGUAAAUAUAUUCCGUCCAUUGGGGCCAUCAAAAUUGAAAAAAGAAUACAUAAAUUAUGGUAAUAAUUUCGAAAAAUGUACAUCAACCAAUGAUUUGAAUCCACAUUUGGAUAUUGUUUACAAAAUAUUGGAUCUUGCUAUCAAUUUUUUCAAAAAUGAUCAUAAAUAUAUCGCUAUUAUCAUUGACGAUCAUUUUGUUUCACAAUUACUCGAUUUAAUUCAUAGUGAUGAUGGUGAUGAACGAAAUUAUGUAUCGAAAAUUAUUUCAACAAUCUAUCAAUAUAUACCCGAAAGACGUGAUAUAAUUGAUCGUAUUGUUAAUGAAGAAUUGAAAGAAAUUGUUUCAUCAAUCUAUUCGAAUGAAGUACAGAUUCAUUUAGAGAAUUUAUUACAUAUUUAUAAAUUAAUGAUGGAUCGAAAACGAUCAACAGUCAAACAGCAACAACAACAACAACAAUUUCAAAUGACAACAAUUAAAACAUUAUUAUUUACGUUACAUCGUUUACCAUAUCUUUAUUAUUAUUAUCGGCCAUUAUUUUCAUGUACAAUAAAAUUUAUGAAAAAAUAUCCUGAAGAAAUUAUUGAUUUUAUGCGUCAAUUAUUUCAACUAAGAAAUUCAUCAUCAUUGUCUACACAUAGUUCAAUAUUAAUGUUGACAUUAGUGGAAUUGAAACAAAUAUUGAAUUUAUUGUUCAAUGAUGAUAAUAUCGAUAUCGAUGAUGAUGAUGAUGAUGAUUCAGAAUCAAUUUUUCAACAAAUAAUGCCAUUCAUAAUGCCAUUUUUAAUGAAAAAUCUUCAAUCAUUAAAUACAGAUCUCAUAAAAACAACAAUAAAUAUUUUAUGUUCAUUUGAAUAUCAAAAAUAUUUUGAUAAAUAUAUGGCUACUACUACUACUACUGGUAAUUAUAAAAAUCAAUUAAUAUCCAUAUUGAACAAUCAACAAUAUUUAAUUACAUGGGAUUAUCGUACACAUGUUCAACAGGUUCUUUAUGGCAUUUAUCUACAAAAUUUAAACACACACACACACACACAUAAAAUUGAAUUGAUGAUUUUAAAUUUUACCUUUUUU